AUGGAUCCAAGACGGUAUAAAAAUACCUGUCGAUCAGUACUAAGACCGGAGUAUCUCAGUUCUUCUGAGACCAUGAACCGUGGGGUUAACACAAAUACUGCUCCGGUUUAUUCUGAUGGGUAUACUGUUCCAAUGAGGAAUCGUCAUGACCGCUUUGCAACUGGCCAGUCGUAUAGUGUAAUCAGAAGUCAUUAUGCCAAUGAUCCAAAUUUUAUGUACCACAAACAAUUUAGAAAUGACGAAACCCGAAGUAAACAGCCAGGUCACAAUCAAACUGAGCAAUUACGACGCUCCAGAGAAAUGGAUAUGUUCAAAGACAUCGGUUUUAAUUUCGAAAACGAAGUUUUGAGGGCCGUCCGGUUCAUGUAUUCGGACAAGCGCUCAAGUAGCAACCAAAAUAUGCGAGUGACAAAGAAGGUUAAUCUGUCCUCCACGCACUCUGUAGUGCGCGUUGCCACUCGUCUUUCCAAUCGUGUGCUGUCGUUGUAUGAAAGGAAUCUACUUAAACGCAUUUUAGUCAGUAUGCAUGAAAAGGUCAAUGAGGCGGCAUGCAGGCGAUUGCUAGUGCGACUCGUCAAGGCACCAACUGUGCCCUGUACACCCAAUUGUUCGUGGUGUCAGCGUAUCACUACGGAAGGAUGUAUUUCCCGCUCCUAUUCCAACCAGAAUUACAAUAGCGAUGAGGACAACAGUUACGCUGUCACAGGUGCCAAGUGGGUCGGCUCAAACGUAAGCGGCAGCAGGCACUUUGCACUGCCUCCGGAAAACGGUCCAUGCCCUGUGGGGAUAACUGACAGGUCCUUUUGUCAAUCCCUCUCUCUUGACGCGAGUCCCCUUUCUGAGCCGUGCGCCACCCCACCGGCAACCUUCGUCGAGCGCUAUAUCGACGUCCAUCACGACCAUCUGCCUCCAGAUGAUGGACCCACGCGAUCACCGGAGAUGCAUUUGGUGCUCAGGGUUACUCCGGCGCCCAAAAUCGCUUUUCAUGUCGUUGAUUGGUGGUUUAAUGAAAUUCGAAUUUGGGGAUCCCCAGUUGAGUGGGCAUUUGUUGCGACACAGCAGCAGUCGAAACGUGGCCCGCGACGGGCCCAUUCGGCACCAGUCCAAGAACUGGCAACAGCUAUGUGGGCUUUCUCCACCAUUGCCAUCACAAUUAACUUCUUUGGCAACGGCGAUGUCGCUCAAUCUCCAGCUCCACGUAAUGCCCUUCGGGAGAGUGGUGCACUCCUUCCCAGACAAAACCUGAACUUAUAA